ACACUUGUACCUCUUACCUCUAAUCGAUUUUCCGCUUUCACCGAUUUUUCGCGCUUCAAAAGCCAAAAAAAAAAAACAGUAAAUCUAUAGUGUUACAGUUAUCGGCAUUGUUUACCUAUGCGCGCAACCUCGAUCGUCAUGUAUCUCGUAUGUACACUCGUGUGCUCCGUUCGCUGGUUGAAUUCGCGAGUGUUAUUGACCGGAUAAAUGUUGUUUUUUUUUUUGUUUCGUUCAUGAGAUACCGAGAUUUCGGCUGUGCGAAAUGUCCGUCAAAUAAUAACGCGUUUCUGCCCUCAAAGUCGGAGAACAGCACGACAAACCAACCACGUAAUUUACGGUGGAACAAGCAUCGAUUUUAAAGGAAAAGGAUAAAGGAGUUAUUCGAACGGAGGAAUCCUCGUUUUGUCCAUGCGACAUAAGCCAAUCGCCUCAUUUUGGCAUUUAGAUAAACACAUAAGUACAAACCAACAUGGAAGAACAAAGUAAAGAGAAUAGCGUUUUGCCGAUGGGGCUAUCGCCAUACGUACCUAUUAAACGGAAACCUCCGGUAGUAAUUGGCACUCAAGUGCAGAACGCAUUUGUCAAAAUAUUCGUGAACCAUAGAAAUCGCAGGUCACAAGCCGACACGAGUCGACCGAACGGAGACCGGAGAGAGAGAGAGAGAAAGAGAGAGAGAGACGGAGCGACUACCCUACACAGUGCUGGUGUGUAAAAUGGAGCUACUGCGCUCGGACGAUGCGGCCGAGUCUUGAUACACGCCGAGUUUCCGUAAUCGCAUCGCCCAGCCUAGAUCAGCUUAGCCGAGAAUCAUCAGUCGACAUCCCAGGAAGAUGGAGGUCGACGUUACGCGGCCGGAUUCGAGCCUCGCCUCAGAGCUGUACUUCCUCAUCGCGAAAUUCCUCUCCGACGGACCCUGUCGACCCAUAGCAGACGCGCUCAAGAGCGAACUGGAGCGAUCUAAGAUACUGCCGCAGCGACUGGAUUGGCAGGGAAAUUCGCAUACUCAGAGUUUCGAGGAACUGGAAAGAAAAUAUUCGCACAUAAGCCCUCUUCAUUUGCUUCAAAUAUGUUCGCGAAUCGGACCAGUUUUAGAGAAAGAGGUACCACCAUGUGUACCUGGAGCCCUAUCCCUAUUGGGAGCAGGAAAACAAUCCUUGUUGCGCACACAAGAAGAUAUGAUGCGCUUCAUCCACAAUAUUACGGCAUUCUCCGGAAGAGUUGGUGGAAAACCCUUGAUGUUGAACCCACCUUGUCAACUUCCACCUCUAAGCAUAGUCAAAAUUCUUCAAGGCAGAGAAAACUCAGGACCGCUGACCAGACGCGAGGUAGUGCCCAGUUCGUUCUACAACAAAAUGCAAUUGUACCGGCAUACGCUCGGUCAUUUGUCUGCCGUAUACUGUGUGCUCUUCGACCGUACCGGAAAAUAUAUCAUCACCGGGGCCGACGACCUACUGGUCAAGGUCUGGAGCUCAACGAACGGCCGAUUACUGGCAACUUUUCGUGGAGCCUCGUCCGAAAUCAUGGACAUUGCCGUGAAUUUCGACAAUACACUACUGGCAGCAGGCAGCCUUGAUAAAAUACUCAGAAUUUGGUGCUUUCAAACAAUGUCACCGAUUGCCGUAUUAUCGGGGCAUACAGGAAUGAUAACGUCUGUAAACUUUUGUCCUAUUCCUUGCAACGGCGUUAACUACCUGGUUACGACGAGUAGCGACGGUUCAGUUGCUUUCUGGGCGCACACGAAACAACCCGGCGAGAGAACUACAUUUAUUCCAGAGCCUAUUCAGUACCAUGAGAAGAUGCGACCAGGUCAAGCGCAAAUGAUCUGUGCGUCAUUCAGUCCGGGUGGUGCAUUCAUGGCCGCAGGUUCGGCCGAUCACCACGUGCGAGUCUAUAUGAUGUUGGGCAAUGAGGGGCCAAAGCGAGUUCUCGAGGUUGAGGCACACUCCGAUACCGUCGAUAGUAUACAGUGGGCACACAGCGGACUCAGGUUCAUCUCAGGCUCGAAGGACGGUACUGCCAACGUUUGGCACUUUGAGCAACAGCAGUGGCAGUCGACGAUACUUAUUAUGAGUACCAAACUAGCUGGUGAAACGGAGCCAGAAGAAGACUCUAACAAGAGAUCAAAAGUAACGAUGGUUUCCUGGGACCAGAGCGACGAAUGGGUAGUGACUGCCGUGAAUGACUGCUCAUUAAAAGUUUGGAACGCUAAGACUGGAGUGUUAGUAAAAAAAUUGAAGGCACAUAAGGAUGAAAUUUUUGUUCUCGAAUCGCAUCCGAUUGAUCCACGAGUAGUUUUAAGUGCGGGUCACGACGGACAACUUAUAAUUUGGGAUGUACUGAACAAUGACCCGAUAGCUGUUCACCAGAAUUUUAUUCAGGGCCAGGGCAAUGGUGCUAUUUUUGACGCUAAAUGGUCUCCUGAUGGUACAAUGAUUGCCGCAACCGAUUCGCAUGGUCACCUGAUGAUUUACGGGUUCGGAUCAGGAAUUGAAAGAAUGAAAAUCGUACCGAAAGAACUGUUUUUCCACACCGAUUAUCGGCCGCUUAUUAGAGAUGUCAAUAAUUACGUUCUGGACGAACAAACUCAAACCGCACCGCACCUAAUGCCGCCCCCAUUUUUAGUUGACGUUGACGGAAACCCUUAUCCUCCACAACUUCAAAAGUUAGUCCCCGGAAGGGAGAACUGUGGAGGUGAACAAUUGGUACCCAACAUUGCAGUUGGCGCUAGUGGUCAACAAGAAGUGAUCGAGGGUCUACCGGAGCAAGAGCAGCCGCGUUCGCACAUUGACCAGCUCAUUGCAGCUCUGGCCCAGCGCCGACAAAUCGAGGCAGAAGGUGGUGGAGGCGGUGGUGGAUCCGUUCACGAAGACGAUCAACAACAACCUAACUUGCCACGGCAGGCAGCAAGCCCACGAGGUCCAAGACCUGGACUGCGUCGAGCCGGUGAUGUUGAGGGUGUCAGGCAGAGUAGUGGCAACUGGCAGCGUGAUAGUACCACGCCCUGGAACAAGCCCAUUCUUGCCAGACCUCUUAAACCUGCCGUGCUCGAAACGCAGAGCAAGCAGGUAAACGCCAUGGCUGAGAUGGAAAUGGAAUGCUAUAAACGCGAAAUGCGUAGAAAACCACAACCUGUGAGUACGAGUACACCAGAUCAAAAUAGUUCAUUGACGCGCAAUAAACGGAAAGGAACUGCAAGACAUGGUUAUAGAACGAGAGCCGCUCGAGAAGAAGAGCAGGAGGAAGAAGAUUUUGAUAAUGAUGACAAUUCAGCAAGCUCGGGUAGUAGCAAUGAGUCCUCUGCAAACGAGGAAGAACUCGAUUCAGAAAGUUCCUCCUCUGAUAAUAGUAGUGAGUAUUCAGACUGGAUAGCAGAUCAUGGUGAUGCUUUAGAACCUCCUAAACGAAGUAAAAGAAAACCUGUGCAGAAAAGACCAGCUACACCCCCUAGUGAUUCCGACAGGCGAAAGAACCAACGACCAAAAAAGAAGGCAAUGCCAAUCUCAGUACCAAGUUCCGUGACAGAAGUACCUGAUAUUUACCGUCCACCAGAAUGGCUUAGCGAAGUGAUUCCGCGAAAAGCACCAUAUUAUCCACAGAUGGGUGAUGAUAUCGUGUAUUUUCAACAAGGUCACAAAAGGUACCUGGAUGUGGUAAAAGAUAAAAAAAUUUACGAGGUUAACCGUUCCUUUGAACCUUGGAGCAAGUUAGAUCUUAAGGCCCAAGAGUUUGUAAAAGUUGUUGGAAUUAAAUACGAGAUUAAACCGCCGCGUCUGUGUUGUUUGAAAUUAGCUCAGACGGAUGAAGAGGGUCACUUAACGGGCAAGUCAUUCACGAUUAAGUAUCAUGACGUUCCAGACGUACUGGACUUCCUUGUACUGCGUCAAACCUUUGACAAUGCCCUCAUUCGAAAUUGGUCUGAAGGCAACAGAUUCAGGUGCAUGAUCGACGACGGUUGGUGGACAGGGCAAAUCAUGUCUGUACAACCACAUUCCAUGGAUUUCCCGGGUUCCUAUUUCAUGUGCUUUACUAUUAGAUGGGACAACGGAGAAACCGAGUUCAUGAGUCCCUGGGAUCUCGAACCUAUUGAUGAAGAACGACUGCCAAGUGAAGUGGGUGGCGCUGUUCCUGUACUCCCCGAGGAAAUUCAGGAGACACUUUAUCAACCUCAACCCGAAGAGUGGCCAAUGGGAGAUCGGGAUGCCGCCUGUCAGCGUAUUAUACGUGGUCUAGACCAGGUGAUGACGCUAGCUAUAGCCGAGCCGUUUAUUGCGCCAGUUGAUCUCAACGCCUAUCCAGCCUAUGCAUAUGUGGUCGAGUAUCCUAUUGACUUAUCUACUAUAAAAGCACGGUUUGAGAAUCGCUUUUAUCGUCGCAUCACGUCGGCUCAGUUUGAUGUCAGAUAUUUAGCGACAAACGCUGAAAAGUUCAAUGAACCUCAUAGUCAAAUCGUUAAACAAGCAAGACUAGUAACGGAUAUCUGUCUUAAAAUUAUCAAAAAUGUUACUGAUCACGAUAUCACAGCUUUGUAUCAUGAGUUAGCUGACGCUUAUCAGUCUUCGGAAUCAGAAGUUGACGUCGAAGAGGAUGAUAUUAACAGGCCAUCUACAAGCACGCAAAGGCCAAGCAGAUCUGUGCCUAGUCGACGUCCAAAAACUGCUAAAGUUCAUAAAGAUUGGCGAGUAGCUUGUCGACAGUUGCUGGAAACUUUGUGGCAGUGUGAAGAUUCUAUUCCGUUCAGAGAACCUGUGGAUCGUUUAGAGCACCCUGAUUACCAUCAAGUCAUAGAUACUCCAAUGGAUCUGCGGACAGUCAAAGAGGAUCUUUUGGGAGGAAAUUAUGAGUCUCCUAGUGAAUUUGCCAAAGAUAUGAAAUUAAUAUUUACCAAUAGUAGGAGUUAUAAUACAAAUACGCGUUCAAAGAUAUAUUCCAUGACGGUACGAUUAUCGGCGAUGUUCGAGGAAUACAUGCGCAAAAUUAUGAACAAUUGGAAAUCAGCUAAUCGUCGAAAAACUAAUUCGGAGUCGAAAAAGAGUAAAAAAGUAUCUCCUACUAAAAGUCAACUAUCAAAUGGAGUUUCUAAAAAAAGUCCUACCAAGAGAAAAGCUGUUAGUAGUGAAGAAGAAGAUGAUGAUGAUGAUGAUGACGAAUCUGAAGAAAAUGAAGAUCAUCCUAUGGAACAUGAUGACGAGGACGAAGAAGACGAUGAUGUGGAACAUUCUGAAGAUUCUACUCCCGAAAAAAGACCAGUAAGACGCGUAAUAAAUCUCGAUGAACCAGGGCCAUCUCAUUUAACGAACGGUUAUUCAAAGCGUUCUGCUACCAAGUCCUCUCGGCCUGCUCUCAGGCCACGCAAUGCAUCGUCUAAAAGAAAGUUCGCAAAUAUAAACUCAGACGAUGAAGACGAUAGUGAUAACACAAAUCCUCCUACACCUAGCGCAAGUGAUUCGAGUGAUGAUAGUAGCCCUAAAGCUAAGCGUCGUACGCGUACGCGUAAAUCGACUGCGAUAACAAAUGGCUUAGCAAACAGUGAUUCAGAUGAUGCUUAUCAGCCUAGCGCUAAGGGCAAACAAUCGCGAAAUCAUAGGGCGAAGAAUAGCGCUAGAGCCUUGACAAGGCCUACAAGAACACCGGAGAAGCGAUAUAUCGUUGAAGACGAUGAAGAUGAGGAAGAGGAGGAGGAGGUUGAGAGCAUUGUAGAUAGCCGUCUUGUAACAAGAAGCAGCAGUAGACGACAAAGAAGAGUUCCUGUUCGAAAUCGAAUACAAGACUCCAGUAAUGAAGAAGAGGAAGAGGACGAUGAUGAUGAUGAGGAUGAGGAAGAAGAAGAGGAAGGGGAAGACGAGGAAGAAAAUGGUCAAGUAGACAAUGGAACUGUUGAAUUUCAAGAGAACGAUGAUGAAGAAGAAGAUGAGCAAGUCGAUGUUCAAAUAAAGGUUGAUGAACAAGAAGAAGAAGAAGAAGAUGAAGAAGACGAAGAAGACGAAGAAGACGAGGACCAAGUCGAAGAUGGUAUUGAACACAACGAAGAUGAAGACGAAAUUGAUGAAGAUGACGAUGAUUCCAGAGAAAAUAACCAAUCCCUCGGCAACUUUGAUCAUACAAGGUCGAUGCGUCACGGUCGGCGGACACGAGUUUCGCUGGAUUCUGAGAGCAGCAGUGGCGUUAAUUCCAAGCAACACCACCUUCGGCGCACAGCUACUAAAAGAAUGCGCUAUACCGAGAAUUCUAACUCGGAAGACGAUGACGACGACGACGAUUAUGAAGAUGAGGAGAACCGAGGUUCCAGAGCUUUUAAUACACGGCGGCGCGCAGCCAAAAGACCGUAUUACGGAGAACGUAGUGAUGAUGAGAGUUCCAGUCAGCCGGGUCUGUCAAAUGGCAGCCGAGAUUCGGAAUCCAAACCCCCAGGCAUCAGCAUCAGCAGCCGAGGUCGAGUCAGGAAAAUGACAGCCAAAGCUAUGUCAGCAAUGAGGUAGACCAGAGUUUGCACAAGAAGAUUUUCUUGUGUAAAAUCAUGAUGAUUACUGAUAUCGAACUGAAAAAUAAAACUAUUCAAUUUUGUAAGAUUAUUAUCAAUUUCAAAAUUUUGGGCAGGUAACUUAUUUUGGUUGAAUUACUAUAAAAAGGGCGUAAUUGAAGAAAAUCAAUUUUUUAUUGAAUUGUCUUGAUUGUUCAUCUUAAAAAUGUAUUCAGAACAGAAUCAGUAGUUUAUAUUUGUAUAAAAACACAGCCAAUUAACGAGUCAUAUUAACUUCAUAUAUGGGAUCUUGAAAGUUUCAAGAGUUGUAUAUAUUAACAAACAUUGGUGUGAUUUUGAUUCGUCACAUAAAGGCCUUUUCAUGUUUAUAGUGUAUAAGCUAACAAGGGAGCGAAUUUUUGUUUUUUAAUAUUGAAUGAAUAGUUUUUCAAUUCUUAUAGAGUUGUACUUACAGUCAUUGCCACUUUGUACACAAAGAAUAAUUCAUUAAUUUACAAUGUAGUACAAUUAUAAUGUAAUACGCGACAAGAUAACAUUUCUAAGUGUCAGGGUGAAUCUUGUCAAGAAUGGGAAAUCCUUUGAAUGUGAAGUUAUUGUAGCAUUAAUGUAUCUUCACAAGUAAAAAUCAGGGUGUGAGAAAGCGUGUAAAAAUAGUUUUCUCAGUGAAAAUAAUUACGAAGCUUGUAAAUAUAGACUUAAUUAAGAUUAAUAUUAAAAUCGUAGUAGUUAAAAGAAGAUAAAUGAAUAAAAACAUAAGGACAUUUAUAACAAAGAAGUUGGAUACUUUUGACGAAUUGCUAUUUUAAUGCGUUAUGAAGACAACUGCUUUUUAAAGCUGUGCAUUUUUCUUAAGUGUGAAUUCCUUUCACCUUCUUCAUUUCCAACUAAAAAAGGAUUUGCAUAAACGACACCACUUGUACAUUAAAAGUAAGCACUUAUUUCAAACCUGUUCUCUUUAGUAUAUAAUAAUUUAUUCUUGCCGAAGAAAUGUGGGUGAAUUUAAAAUUAACAUAAUUUCUUAGUUCUUUUGUAAUGAGUACAACUCCGAUUCUACAAAUUUUGCUUUAUCUAUGUGUUAUCUAAAACUAUAUUUACAAACAGCAAGUAAUUUUUUAGCGUCAAACACAGGGCAGUGCCUUCGAAUCUUCAUUCGAAAUAUAAUAUUCUACGUGCGCUAAAUAUUAUGAAAAAAGAAAUUGAAUAAAAAAUACAAUUGUUAUUUAAAACUGAUAUAAACUGACUUAUUAAUGCAAUAUUACAGGAAGAAUAAACGUAUGAUUUUGGCUUAAACUUUUGUCAUUUUAAAAAAUUAUAAAAAUACAUAUAGAAAUGGGAAGUAUAUCGAGGUCUGGGCAAUUAACGAACGUCUCGACUGUUUCAAGCCAUUGUGAUAUUAGCUUAAGGAUAAUAAUGAUUGUAUAAAAAUCGCAAAAAAAUCACGGGUUUAGCCACAAUUAUUUUUUCAAUGAUUGACCUUGUAACAAUAAUAGAAAUAAUUAAAUAUAACUGGAUUAAACUAAUCAAGAUUAUAUUGAUUAUACUAAUGACUUGUACUAUAAAGUCAAUCGAUUUUUUCUUUAUUUCAACUCCGAUGUUCGCAAACUCGAUUAAAUAUAGUUUUUUAUAUUAUAAGAUAAUGUACAAGCAUAAGCUAAUUGCCGAACCUCUAGAGUCUAUAUUGUUCAUCACUAAUUCGAUAAUAAGGCGUGCAGUUUAAUUAAACUAGACAUAAGGUAAGGCGUAAGUGUACUUCGUUAUGUAAAGUGUAAACCUUUUGUAUCGCUAUAAUUAUAUAAUAAACACGUAUAAGAUUGUUUUAAAAAGA